ACUGUGACUAGUGAUCACUAGUGACUUAGAGUUAGAGUGACUAGCACUAGACUAGAGUUAGACUCAGUUAGAGUCUAGAGUUCUAGAGUACAGCCUAGUUACUAGUAGUAAAGUACAGGACAGUCAGAAGUCAGAAGAGACAGAAGAAUUUUAUUUAGAUCUAAAUCUAAGUCUUUAUUAUCCAACUUUCCAAGAAUAAAAAGUAGUCAGUAAACUGAAUAAAGAAUAAAGUGAGUUAAGACUAAAGUUACCAAACUUAAACUUAAAACUGUCGAAAGUAGACUAAGUCUAAGAGGAAGACAUCUAAGACGGUAAAAUCAUGAGGUUAACAGACAUUUGUUUAAAACCCAAAAAAGGAUCAUUAAAAAAAUUUACAAACUACAAAGAUGUUGGUUAUAAAUUUAAAGUAAUUCGAGUUCCUGCUCUGAAAGAUUCAGUGACUUCUCAUAAAGAAAAACCAGAAAGUGCACCUUGUGUGAAUGAGAUGACUAGAGUGAUGGACUGUUGGAAGAGAACAGACUUUAGUCAGACAGCAUGUAGUAAAGAGACAGAAGCCUUCAUGUCAUGUCUUGCAGCUGCUGAAGUUACCUCAAAAUUGGCAAAAGAAAGAGCUUUGAAGGGCUUACCAUCUGAAGGCUCUCAUAUGAGGCCCAGUAAACAAGUGAAUGAAAUGUUAUCGAAAUAUCCACAACCUAAAUACAACUUUGUUGACUGAAGAUAUUAUUUUUUUGUACUUCCCCCUCAUGUCCUCGUGUGUUUGUGUGGUCACGUGACGGAAUGGCACACCAAGAAACUAAAUGAAUGUGUAUACUAGUAGAAACUGAAUACAAUCUGCCAUAUAUUG